GCUGCCCAGGUACGAAGAAUCGACUAACGAGCUCAUUAACGAGGAGCUGGGCAUCGCGUACCCCAUCAUCGAUGGCAUCCCCAACAUGAUCCCGGAGGCAGCCCGGACUACGCGGAAGCGGCCCCCGGCAGAGGGCUCGGAGCAGCCGUGACGGCAACAUGCCGAUGGCAGCGGGCGGCCUGCUCCCCUCCCUGCCCACGCUGACCGUGCUCGUUCCUCUCCUGUCCCUAGCGGGCUUGUUCUACUCUGCGAGCGUGGAUGAAACCUUCCCCCAGGGCUGCACCAGCACCAACAGCUUGUGUUUCUACAGCCUCCUGCUUCCUGUCACGAUACCGGUUUAUGUGUUCUUCCACUUGUGGACUUGGAUGGGAAUUAAGCUUUUUAGGCACAAUUAGCAUAGUGCUUCUGCUAACCCCCUGGGCUUCUCUAGAGCAACACAGUUUGUUUAAUUUAGCCAGAUCUCGUAAUUGAUCUGAAACUUCUGUUGUGGCACUGGUGACUGUCAGCAUUUUCCUGGUGGUGUCUGAACUGUAUGCAGUCCUAUGCAACAAGCCUGUUACUUAAUUACUGCAAAGGAAGAGGAGGAGAAGGAAUAACAAACAUUAUUUCUUCCUAGUGUAUCUCUUCAAGUUCUGUGUCUCUAGUGGCUACUGAAAAUCUACUAGGGAGUAACCAUCUGUGCUAGACAACUGCACCCUGACUGAAAUAACAUCAAAUAAUAAGCGGUGACAACAUGGGGUGGUGCAAAUCUCUCUUUGAUUCAUGAGCUUUGAUUUUGUUUACCUUGACCUGAUGUAUUGAAAUGCAUUUGUCUUAGUGUCAGAGGAACGUGAAAUAAAUUAGCUUAAUGUUUGAUAACAGGC